AUGACGAUCUGGGCUUUUGACACCAAUUUUAACUACAGGAAUCGUACAAAAAUGGAAUUCGGGGAGGCCCCGCCCAUCCCGAGAAAACCACGCCCACACCACUCCGGCCCCACCCAACCCACCAUAAACGCCGCCGCGCCAAGCCCCGCCCACACCCCUAAGGCCCCGCCCGCGGAGAGACCCCCCCACCGGAAGUCCAACGCUGCCGGCGGGCGGCGGCUUCCGGCGGCGCAUGCGCCCUUCCCCAAACAUGGCGGCCGGGACCCGCGAGCUGACCGCGGCUCUCCUCCCGGCCCCGCCCCUCCCGGCCCCCGGUCCCCCGCGUGCGGCGCCGCCACCUCGUCGCCUUCACCCCCGGCCGCGGCGUCUGCAGAGCCACCUCAGGUUCAGAGAUCAGCUGCCUGGGCCAUGCCUCUUCUAAGGCCCGCUUCAGCUCACGAGCCCCCCACGAAGACAGAUGGGCCUUUCUUCACGCUGCACGCCUUCUGCUCCCUGAGACAGAGAUGGGAUAGUUCCUGCGAUCUGCCCCUUCAGAGACUGGCUUAGUGAGUCCUCUGGAUGAAGCCAUGUAACCACCCCUGGGAGGGGCGCUGAGGCCUGCAGUGGGGGGGAGGGGCCGGACUUUCCCCUUCCCCCCCAGACUCCUCCCCUUCAGAGUUCUCUGAGCCCUGGACCUUGGACCCGAGGAGAGAAGCUGCUUAUUGUUUUGGUCUAUCUGAUGGUCAGAUGUGGGAAGUGGAGUGCUGGCUGUUGUUUUUGUUUUUGUUUUUAAUGAUUUCCGGGGGAGCAGCUGAGAGCAGCACAG